AUGAAUUUGUCUAAUUUUUUAAUAUUUUUAAUCAAUCUUGCAAUUUGUUGGAGUGGAAAUGGAAUAAAAACAUAUUAUGGAGAAAUUGUUGGAGAAACUAUUACGGUAUUGGGUGAAGAAAUGACAGAAUAUUUAGGUAUCCCAUAUGCACAACAACCAACCUAUUUUUGGAGAUUCCAAAAACCAUAUGAAUUAGAAAAAGAUCGUUUUAACGAAACUAAUAUUUUUUAUGCAGUUCAUCAAGGUAAAGGAUGUCCACAACACAUUAGAGUUAUGAAUUUCGAGGGAUAUGAUUCAUUAAAUCCAAAAGAAACCGAAGAAAGCUGUCUUAAAUUAAAUAUGUGGGUUCCAAAAGGUGAAGAAAAUAUGCCAGUUAUAGUUUUUUUCCAUGGUGGAAGUUGGACAGUAAGAACUGGUAGUAUUGAUAGAUUUAAUGGAUCUGUUCUUGCUUUAAAAACAAAGUCAAUAGUUGUUGUACCUAAUUUUAGACUUGGAUUUUUAGGUUUUGCUUAUUUAAAAGGUGAAGAUGGAAUAGAAGGUAAUAUGGGAUUAUUAGAUCAACAAAUGGUAUUAACAUGGAUUAAUAGAGUAAUUGAAAGUUUUGGUGGUGAUAAGGAUAAAGUAACUAUUUUUGGUACAGGUACUGGUUCAUCUUCAGUAGAAGCUCAUUUAUUUUCAAGUAGUAGUAAACCACUUUUUAAAAGAGGAAUAAUGAGUUCUGGUAGUAUAACACAUUUUAUGAGUACAGUUUCAGGAGAUAUAGCUGACACAAAUACUAGAAAUGUUUCAACAAUGGUUGGAUGCAUUUCAGAUGUAAAUGAUUCGUCAAAAAGCAACAAAGACAUUGUUGAAUGUUUACGUAAUAAAACUGCAAAUGAAUUGAUUGAGGCUGCUAGAAAAGUAAGAGCUUCUGGUCAAAUGCCAACGCCAUUUCCUUUUAUGCCUAUUAAUGAAGAUACAGUAUUUUUUAAUGGAAAUAUUAAAAAUAUGUAUAAUGAAAAAAUGUUUAAUACAGAUGUUGAUUUAAUGCUUGGAAGAACGGCAGAUGAAGCAACAUUUUUUAUGGCAACUGGUUUUACAAAUAAUAGUAAUAUGGGUUGUUAUUUUUAUCCAGAAAAACCUGCCGAUGACCCUGCUAAUAAAUGUAACAUGGAAAAAAAAAACUUUGAAUAUUUAGUUCAAUUUGGAGGAAAAAUAUUAAAUUUUAAUGAAACAGAACGAACUAAACUAGAAACAAUUUAUACUGGCUCUGCUGAAACAUAUACCAACCGAUCUAUAAGAAUUUUAUCUGAUUUUGUUUUUGAUUGUGAACUUUCUAAAUUUGCUAUUACAUUUGCAAAUGUUUCUAGCAAGAAUACUUAUUUUUAUGAAUAUAAAAGACGAUCACCAAUUAAUUUAUGGCCAGAAUGGACUGGUGCAAUGCAUGGUGAUGAUUUAAAUGAUAUAUUUGGUAUUCCAUUUAGACAUCCUGAAAAAUAUAAAAAUGAAAUUUUACAACGUGAAAAAGAUUAUUCGGAAAAUGUAAUGUGGGCAAUAGGUAAUUUUACUAAAGAUGGUAGUACAAUAACAACAUGGAAUAAAAUAGAUGUUAAUGACCCUAAAGGUCUCAUAUUUAAUGGAGAAUUAGGACAAGAAGAAACAACUGUACAAUAUACAGUUGUUACACCAUCUACAUGUACUGAAUUUUAUAAUCUUAUUCAUGAAUCUAUCGAGUGGAAAAAAAUCAGUAAUAGCAUAAGUACAACACCAUCAACUUUGCCAGAAUAA